AUGUGGCUGAAAGUGGGGCUUGCGUCUGUCUCCCGGAUCAUCCAGGCUACCCUGCACCUUCGUACAUUGACAAUUUUUGCAUCAUUUCAUGUACGAACACGCGGAGCUGUGGCAACUUGUCCUGUAGAGAUUUUGGAGCUGGGAUCUAAAUCCAGCCAGACUGCACUACCCUACGGUUCCCCGGCUGCGGGUGACCGAUUCAUCCAGGUUGGCUGCAAAUCGUGCGCGCUGUUCUGA